AUGGGUCGUAUGUAUACUUCUGGUAAGGGUAUCUCUGGUAGUGCCCUCCCUUAUCGUCGCACUCCUCCCUCUUGGGUUAAGACUUCUGCUGAAGAAGUUGUUGACAUGAUCUGCAAGAAUGCCAAGAAGGGUCUCUCUCCUGCUCAAAUUGGUGUUGUUCUUCGUGAUUCUCAUGGCAUUCCCCAAGUCAAGUCCAUCACUGGUAACAAGAUCCUCCGUAUUCUUAAGACCAACGGUCUUGCUCCUGAAGUCCCCGAGGAUUUGUACCACCUUAUCAAGAAGGCUGUCUCCAUUCGUAAGCACUUGGAACGUAACAGAAAGGAUAAGGACUCUAAGUACCGUUUGAUUCUUAUUGAAUCUCGUAUUCACCGUCUUGCUCGUUACUACAAGACUUCUGGUCAACUUCCUCCCACUUGGAAAUAG